AUGGAUGGAUUGCCACUCCACACGGCUCAUGGACUUUUUGCCGACGAUACGGCUUUAUGGACAUCCUGUAACACUACUUCUGGUUUAAACCGGCGUGUUCAGGAAUCCUCAAGUAAAACUGAAAUGCUUCACUUUAGUGUACACCCACGUAAACAGUACAAAAAGCAAAUACAAGUCAUUGUGGGAGCAGCAACUAUUCGCCCACAGGCACACGCAAGCAGAACAAAAUAUGGCAAGAACUUCAGAACAACAGAAACACCUCAGAACAAAGCAUUACAAGCUGCACUGGGAAUUCCACCCUACAUAUCUAGAACAUAUAUACAUCAACAAAGUGAAUGGGAUGAAACUUUCACUCAAGCUGAAUUGAUCACAAAUCCAAAUGUUCAAAAUGAUAAAAAUGUCAAAGGGCUGGUUGAUUUAUUAGAAUUACAAUUAAAUAAUUUCAAAUUAAGUCAAUACCGAUUACUGGGAUACGAACGACAUCGUGAUGCACAUCACGGUAUAAAACUGGAAUCAGUUGACGAUCAAAAGCAACUAUUGAAAAAUAUUGGAAAAGGUGAUUUCAGUAAAUAUCCAUUCAAAGAUAUUGUAUCAGAAAUGAUAGCCGACAUACAACUUAUAGAAACCAAAAAAAAAAUUAAGAUAAGUAUCCGACACUUUCAUUUAACAUCACGUGUACUAAAGUCACCAACACUGUCAAAUGAAUCUUCUUUAUCGAAAAUUUUAUCAUCAUGGUCUCCUGCCGUGCCAGUUGAACAAGCACUAACAUUACCAUCUAUAUUUUAUACAAACAAUGACAUAUUUGAAUUAGAAAAACAGACUGUAUUUGGUCAAAAUUGGUUAGCUGUUGGACAUGUAUCACAGUUGAAAAAGCCAGGUGAUUUUAUUAGUGGACAAUUUUUAUCAGAACCAUACAUUGUAAACGUAGAUGAAACGGGUAAAAUUCGUUCACAUUAUAAUGUAUGUUGUCAUCAUGGGAUGUGUUUAACAACAAAACUUAAUGGUAAUGUAAACGAAUUUCAAUGUCCGUAUCAUGGAUGGAUAUACGAUUUAAAUGGACGUUUGAAAAAAGCAUUAAGAUUAAAAAAUAUACAAAAUUUUAAAGCAUCAAAAACAACAUUAAAACCGAUCGAUGUUAGAAUAAUAGGACCAUUUGUUUAUUUAAAUUUAAAUUUCUCAAAUAGAGAACAAGAGAUUGAUCUCUCACAUAUCGAAUCAGUUCAUGAAAACUACUUAAAACUGACAAAUUAUGAUGAAUUAGAAUUUUUACAUACGCGAACCUAUUCACUGAAAUGUAAUUGGAAAGUAUUUAUUGACAAUUUUUUGGAUGGUGGUUAUCAUGUUAAUGUCGCACACAAAUGGUUGGCUGCAUAUUUAAAUAUGAAAGACUAUCGAACAAUUGUUAAUAAUAAAUAUUCUGCUCAAACGUGCUAUGGUACAAAUGAAAAGCGUUUAGAGGGCAAUGUGUGUUAUGUUUUUUUAUAUCCAAAUUUUGCAAUUAAUCGAUAUGGUUCAUUUAUGGACACAAACAGUGUAAUUCCAAUUGAUAAACGAAAUUGUUUAGUUAAAAUUGAUCAUUAUCUCGAUAAAAGCGUCGAUCGAAUAACACAUAAAAAUUUCAUAGAUAAAUCGUUAAAAGAUUCAUAUAUUGUACAAGAUGAAGAUGUGUUUCUAUGUGAAAAUGUACAAAUUGGUUUAGAAUCAAAUGCUUAUGAUUCUGGUCGAUAUGUACCGACUGUUGAACAUGCAAUGCACGAUUUUCAUAAAAUAUUAUAUAAAGAAAUUAAUGAUUUUUAUCAACAUCUUAUUCUUGAAAGAUAA